UCUGACAGCCCGGGAGUGGCUUCUGCUUGCCGGUCCCGUAGCCCUUGCAGCCCCGGGGAGUUUCAGGCCACCUCGGCCCGGCGGCUGCGCAGGAUGCGGCUGGGCUCCGGGGCCUUCGCUGCCUGCUGCGUCGCGAUCGAGGUGAUCGGGGUCGCGAUAUUUAUUCGAGGGUUCUUCCCUGCUCCGGUUCGUUCUUCUGCUAGACCGGAGCACGGUGUAGAAACUCCGGCGCCCGAGCCUGUAGCAGGAGCCAGUUCGAACUGGACCAAGCUGCCAUCUCCUCUCUUCAGUAAAGUUGUUAUUGUGCUGAUAGAUGCCUUAAGAGAUGAUUUUGUGUUUGGGUCCAAAGGCGUGAAGUACAUGCCCUACACAACUUACCUGGUGGAAAAAGGAGCAUCUCAUAGUUUUGUGGCUGAGGCAAAGCCACCCACAGUUACGAUGCCUCGAAUCAAGGCAUUGAUGACAGGGAGUCUCCCUGGCUUUGUUGAUGUCAUCAGGAACCUCAAUUCUCCUGUGCUCCUAGAAGACAAUGUGAUAAGACAGGCCAAGGCUGCCGGGAAAAGAAUGAUCUUUUAUGGAGAUGAAACGUGGCUUAAAUUAUUCCCUAAGCAUUUUGUGGAGUAUGAUGGGACAACAUCAUUCUUCGUGUCAGAUUAUAUAGAGGUGGAUAAUAAGGUCACAAUGCAUCUGGAUAAAGUGUUGAAAAAGGAGAACUGGGAUGGUGCUUCCUUCCACUAUCUAGGGCUGGAUCACAUUGGCCACAUUUCCGGGCCCAAGCCCCUGAUUGGUCACAAGCUCAGUGAAAUGGACAGUAUCCUGAUGAAGAUUCACACUUCACUGUUGUCAAAGGAGAGAGAGACUCUCUUACCCAGUUUGCUGGUUCUCUGUGGUGAUCAUGGGAUGUCUGAGACAGGGAGCCAUGGGGCCUCUUCCACAGAGGAAGUAAGCACACCUCUGAUCUUAAUCAGCUCUGCAUUUGAAAGAAAACCUGGGGAUGUCCGACACCCAAAGCACGUCCAGCAGACUGACUUGGCUGCCACCCUAGCGAUUGGACUUGGUUUGCCAAUUCCUAAAGACAGUGUAGGACGCCUCUUAUUUCCAGUCAUAGAAGGAAAACCCAUGAGAGAACAACUGAGAUUCUUACACUUAAACACAUUACAACUUAGCAAACUAUUGCAAGAAAAUGUACCAUCAUAUGAGAAAGAUCCUGGAUUUGAGCAGUUUAAAAUGGCAGAAAGGUUGCAUGGAAAUUGGGUCAAGCUACACUUAGAAGAAAACCAUUCAGACAUCCUGCUUGGCCUGGGGACCAAAGUCCUCAGGCAGUACCUGGGUGCCCUGAGGACCCUGAGCCUGUCUCUGAGCACACAAGUGGCUCACUAUGACAUCUACUCCAUGGCAGUCGGGACUGUCGUGGUUUUGGAGGUUCUCACCCUGUUCCUCCUUAGCACCCCACAUGUGCUAUGCAGGAAGGAUGAGCUGGAUGUGCCCCUGCUGUCUCCCGUGUUUUCCCUGCUCUUUUAUUUGGCAUUUCUGGUUCUCUCGGCCAUUCAUGUCCUGGUAUGCACCUCGUCUGAGAGCUCAUGCUACCUCUGCAGCCUCCCGUGGCUGGCGGCAGGGGGUGUGAUGGUGCUUGUGUCUGCACUGCUCUGUGCCAGCCUGUCAGCUCUUAUCAGGACGGUCGCCGAUGGCACUCUGCUGAAGAAGAGUGCAUCUCAUCCCAGCUCAGGAUGGUCAGAGGUGGACCUCCUCCUCCUUCUGGGCACAGUGGGCCAUGUCCUGAGCCUGGGAGCCAGCAGCUUUGUGGAGGAAGAACAUCAGACCUGGUACUUCCUUGUUAACACUCUGUGCCUGGCUCUGAGUCAGGAAACCUGUAGGAGUUACUUUCUGGGAGAUGACUGUGAACCUCAGCAUCGCUUCCAUGUUGAACAAGGAUGUGUGGACAUACUUGCUUGUACCCGGAAGGACAGCACAAGCUAUAGUACCCCUGAGCCUGACAGAAAGGGUAAAGGGGUCUCCCUUUCUGAAACAAAAGGAAGCAGCAGAUGGUGGGCAGUGCUGGCAAGUCCAUGGCUGGUGCUGAUUUGCUGCCGGCUGCUGAGGUCCUUGAACCAGACAGGGGUGCAGGGAGCCCACCGGCCCGACUUCAGCCACUGGCUUACGAGCUCUGAUCACAAAGCUCAGCUCUCAGGCCUGGCUGCCCUUUCUCUGGUUGUGAUCUUCAUGUUGGUUCAAAAGGGAUGCUCCCUUGUAUCCAAGGCAGCCUUAGCCCUGGGGCUGCUGGGUGUCUUCUGCUACCGGGCAGCCACUGGGAUUGUGCUGUUUCCAUGGCAGCCAGACAACAAAAGCAUUUCAAAGGGCAUUAUUGAAGCUCGUUUUGUUUAUGUAUUUGUCCUUGGCAUUUUGUUCACGGGUACCAAAGAUUUACUUAAAGCACAAGUCAUUGCAACAGACUUCAAAACCAGGACUGUAGGUCUGUGGGAGAUACACAGUGGAUUAGUUCUUCUGGCAGCGUUGCUCUUGAGACCACACAAUCUUCCAGUGUUAGCGUUGAGCCUCUUGAUUCAGACUAUAAUGACUAAGUUCAUCUGGAAUCACCUGAGACACGAUGCAGCCAAGAUCACUGUAAUGCAUUAUUGGUUUGGUCAAGCGUUCUUCUAUUUUCAGGGUAACUCAAACAACAUUGCCACCAUUGACAUUUCAGCAGGCUUUGUGGGCUUAGAUACCUACAUGGAAAUUCCAGCUACAUUCCUCACGGUGUUUGGAACAUACGUGGGGCCUGUGCUCUGGGCCAGCCACCUCGUGUACUUCCUGAGCUCAGAAACAAACAGCGGUUCAGCACUGAGCCAGGCUUGCUUCUGCUAUGCACUGAUGGGCUCUGUUCCGGUUGCCACGUACAUUGUCCUGGUGACAUCUCUGCGCUAUCACUUGUUCAUAUGGAGUGUGUUUUCCCCAAAGCUUCUCUAUGAAGGGAUGCAUCUGCUCAUCACGGCUGCUCUCUGUGCGGUAUUCACCGUCACAAACCAGACUCGCCACCCAAGGGCUUAGGCGGAGACAGACACUUGGAGCUGAUGUGCUUUAUAGUCACUGUUUAUAUCAUGGAUUUGAAUGUUGAAACUGCCUCCAUUCAAGAUUAUUCUGAGGGGGGAGGGAAAUAUGUGAAGCCGAGAUUAGUGGAUAACUUAAUUUUACUUGGAUUGAAAUUAAAUAGCAGAUUAGUAAAAGAUCACUUUAUAUAUUUAAGUAUCAAAUUUUCCCUACUUACAAUGACUCUGAGAUUUUAAUUUCCAUUGGGUGA